AUGGGUAUCAUCAACAGUCUCAUCAGCAGUACAUCCGACUCAUCAAAAAUGCCUCCCUCCGACUCCCAACUCAACAUCAUCAUCGUCGGCGCCGGUCUGAGCGGUCUCGCGACAGCCAUCUCCUGCGCCAUGGCGGGCCACACAGUGACAGUACUGGAACAAGCGCAAGAGCUGGCGGAAGUGGGCGCAGGGCUGCAGAUCACGCCCAAUGCGUCACGGCUGUUCUCGCACUGGAAGCUACCGUCGAAGAUCUGGACCUCAGCCGCGGAGCCGACGUCGUUGACGGUGCACCGGUACACGGGCGAGGUGCUGGCACAUGAGGCGAAUUUCGACCGUAACAUCCGCGCCAAGUACCAAGCGCCAUUCAUCGACCUGCACCGGGUUGAUCUGCAGCAAGCGCUGUACGCGCGGGCGCGGGAGUUGGGUGUGACGUUCCACCUGGACGAGCGGGUCGACGCGAUCGACUUCGAGACGACGACGAUCACGACGCUGAAGGGCCGGCGGGUGAGCGGGGAUCUGGUGGUCGCGGCCGACGGACUGUGGUCGCGCUGUCGUGAGAGCUUCUACGGGAAGAAGGACGAGCCGCUGCCGACGGGCGACCUGGCAUACCGCAUUGUGUUGACGGCCGAGCAGGUCGCCGAUGACCCUGAGCUGCGCGCCUGGGUCGAGAACCCCACCGUGCACUUCUGGGUUGGGCCGGGCGCCCAUGUGGUGGCGUACUCGAUGCGCGGCGGGUCGAUGUUCAAUAUCGUCUUGCUGGUGCCGGAUACGCUGCCGCCGGGGGUGUCGAGGCAGGCCGGGUCGGUGGAGGAGAUGCGCGGUUUGUUCGUAGGCUGGGAUCCGGUAUUAACCAAGUUCCUGUCCUACGUGAACGGCGUAGACAAAUGGCGGCUCAUGCACCACGCAGAAAUGGACACCUGGAUCAACGACAAAUCCAACCUCGUCUUCAUCGGCGACGCCUGCCACCCAAUGCUUCCCUACCUCGCCCAAGGCGCGAACUCCUCCCUCGAAGACGGCGCCGUCCUAGGCGGCCUACUAGGCCACAUGAAGCAGAAAUCCGACCUCCCGCAGAUCCUAAGAUUGUACGAGAAACUCCGAAAAUCCCGCGGGGAAGCCAUCGUCCGGGAGACAUUCAAGCAGAGAAACGACUUCCACAUGCACAACGGCACCGAGCAAGAGGAGCGCGAUCAGAUCUUCCUCUCGCAGCUUGGUAAGGAACUCAAGGGCCCGUUUCCGAGCCGAUGGACGUGCCCUGAAGUCCAGCCGUGGUUGUAUGGCUACGACGCCAUCAAGGAGGUCGAGAACGUCGUGGCGGAGAACCCGGCGUUGUUCAACGGGCCCGUCACGGCGAAUUUGUAG